AACAACUAUAAUUUAUAUAACUAUAUAUUAAAAAAUAUAAUUUAUGUUACAAUAUUUUUAAAAAUAAAUAUUACUAAAUUAUUUGUCUUAACCUAACCCAUUACUAAAUUAUUUCAAUAAUAAUAUACAAAAUUUGUAGUAAAAAGAUGCAAAUUUUCAAAAUUCUACAUUACUAAGUACAGAUUUUUAGACUGAUUUAAAUAUAUUCUCUUAUUAAAAAAUUUUGCACUAGCGAAGAAGAAUUAUAUUGAACCGUAGAAACUAUUCAACAGAAAGGCAGAGAAUAUACACAGCAGUGGUGGCAGCAAUGACGGACUUGUGAAAAAAGUGUCGCUAAGAUUGCAUAUAAAAAAAAAAAAUCUGCAGUUAUUGGAUGAUCACAACUUUAUUUUAUUAAAUAGGUUAUAAUCCUUAAGGAGAGAAAUAUGGAAGCAGAACCUUUAGAACUCGAAGAUGGUGAAGUUAUAGAUGAUGAGGCAAGCGAUAUUGAAACGUAUAAUGUUCUGAAAAGACCUCAUGCAAUUCCAAAUAAAGAAGAGAAUAUAAAAAUGGGCUAUAGUGAUGAAUCUGAUGAUUCUGCGGAUUCUGAAAGCGAUUCUGAUUCAGAUUCUGGACAUAUCAAAAGCAAAAGACCUAAAUUAAAACUGAGAAGAUCUCGAAGUAUGACAAAAAAUUGCUUGGACAAACGUGACAAAUAUAAAAUAUGGUGUACACAAUUACAAGAGGAAUCUUUAACAGAAAAUUUAAUAUUAUGCGGUGUAACGAAAAAACAGAAUCAAGAACGCAGCGUUGAAAGUUAUAACAUUCCGCAUCGUUAUUCUUUCAAUGGUACGUGGAAUACAGAACAUCGCAACAAUAAUAGUUCAGAAGAUGAAAAAGAUGGGGACAAAAGGUUAACAAAUAAAAGAACAAAUUCAGAUAGGAGUAAUGUUAGGUUGAGAUUAGGAAAAAAACGUAAUCUAAUGGACAUAGAUAAUCAAAAGGGAAUUACACGAAAGAUAGCAGAUUUAACUACAACGGUCGAAUCAACUGACGCAGCUGUGGCAAUUGAUAUAACGUCAAAACUUAAUGAGAAAAAAGAUCUUCUUAUAAGGAGAAUUGUAGAUAUUAUUGGUAAGGAGAAAGCCAUUGAUUUUUUUCAAAAAACCAAAAAGAUUGAAGAAGGAGGUGGUAUGUUAAUAAUGAACGGAUCUAGAAGAAGAACUGCAGGAGGUGUAUAUUUGUGGUUAGUGAAAAAUGAUGAACAUAUACCACGAGAAAAAAUAAGAGAGAUUUUUGAUUAUGAUAAAAAAGAACACACCGAACAGAGGAAAGCCAAUGCUGCUGCGAAAAGGCAAAAAUCACAAGAAUUGAUAAAGUGUCUCGAAAAUGGUUCAGAAAAAGAUCUUCCUGCCUUAUUAACAAAGGCAGAACUUUCUACAAGAGAAAUAGCAGAAGAAGCCAGAUUAAGACGUGGAGAGGGAAUGGAUAGAAUGCCAGUCGAUUCUGAUCGGACAAUGACUAAUCCGCCUCCUAGUCCUGUAACAGAUGAUCCAGAUCAUUCAGAACAUCAAAGGCAUGUUCAAAAUUAUGAUGACGAUUUUCUUGACAUUGGAAUAGACAUAGACAGUAUGGAAGUUCUUUAAAAUAUUAAAUUUUUUUUUAAUAGAUGUAUUGCGCAAAUAAUUUGUACAAAAGUUAAAAAAAAAUUUUAAUCUUUACAAAAUAUCUAUACACAUAUAUUAUGUGAAUACAGUUCACGUAAUUUGUACGUUUGCCUACAAUAUACACAAAUAAAAAUUAUAGAUCAAAUCAAUUACAACGACGUUCCACAUUGUGAUAAAAUAAUUUAUCAAAUGUACAUAUUAUGGUAAUAUUGUAAUUUUCUCAGAUUUUGGAAAGCAAAAAAAUAUUUGUAUACUCUUUUUAUGUUUCAUUUACCACAUUUAUAUUUAUUAUUAAGAUAGAUGUAAAAAAAUGUAAGAGACAAAAAUGAAAUUUCAUAAAAAUUAGUAAUGUAACAUAUAAAUAUUUAUGUUACGUCAUUUUUAUGAAAUUUUCAUUGUUAAAGAUUGUUUCAUGUAUAUAAAAGUCAUUAUGAUAAUAAAUACUGGACUAUUUGUACUUUGUAUAAUAUAUUGAACAAGUUGUGUCUCAUAUAUAAAAUUUUACUUUUUAUAUAAAACAAUUCAGUUUUUAAUUAAUAAUGUUAUAUAACAUUGUUAAAUUUAGAAGAUUUAAUUAAAAUAUUUUAAUUUUGAUUAAAUUUUUUAAAUGUAUUAACAUAAUUAUAUACUUAAAAUAAAUAGUUAUUUAAUUAUUUUACAAAAAUAAAUAAUUCUCAUACUCUUAUAACUCUUAAAAUUGAAUAAAAUAAGACUGAAUUAUUUCAAAUUUUUACCCAAUUGGAUUUUUAAAAUUUUAAUUUGUAUUAAAUUUGGCAUAUAAUUUUAAAUGUGUUAAUAAUGGUUUUCUUUGUCAAUUUUAUGGAAUUUUAUGGAUCGGUCUGAAAAUUUGAUUUUCUUCACAUAUAAAAUCAUACAGUAUAAGGGAAACAAUUUAUAUAAAUUAUAAACUUAUAUUUAACUUUGGGUAGAUAAAUAAAUGAAUUGACUUUUCAAAUUUUUGUUUUUUGAAACAAAUAAAAAAUCAUAGAUAGUGUAUAUAUAUAUAUAAUUAUACAAAAUAGGACAUUAAUAUUAUUUAAUAUAUUUAUUCUUUUAUAUAUUUUUAAACAUAUAAUAAAUGUUAUAUGUAUAAAAAGAAAUAGUUCUUUGAACUAUUAAAAAGAAAUAGUUAUUGCUAUUAUUUAAUGAGCAUUUCUUUUGUUUUAUGUUAUUGAAGUAAUAUUUUAUAGAUUAACAAAUAUAAUUAAUUCAAAAACUUGUAAGGCAUAUCAUUUUGUAAAUAAAUUUUAUAUACAUAUGUAUGCUGUGUAUGUUAUAUACAUAAAUAUAAACAUAUAUAAUUUGUGAAAUAGAAUAGAUAUAUAAUUUGUUUUAUGAAAUACACAUCUAAAUAAAUUUUAAUAAUAUUUUAAAAACAGUUCUUUUCAUAAACUCAUUUUAUUUAUUUCUAUAAGAUUUUAUAAAAUUGAAAAGGAAUAUAAUUUAUAUUUUUAUAUUUAAUUCAUAAUUUAUGAUUAUUCUUCUGUAACAUGUUCAAUCAAAUAAAUAAUGAAAUAUAUUUCCUUUAUAUUUUUUAAUUUUCAAUUACUGCUUUUUCGUGCUGCAAAAAUUUAAAUACAUAGUUUUUUAUAAAAUUGAAAAAUUAAAGUUAUAAGAAUUAUAAAUAAUCUAAUUUCAUACCCUAAUUUCCAUACAUGCAUGUACUGCUAUUUAGUUGAAUAUUGUUCGCACUUGCUUAUUUCUAUUUACAUAUUUGGAUUUUCUUAUUAUGAGUUUUGUAACACGAAGUCAUUUAUAUAAUUGGCGGAAACAAGUUUAUAAUUUAAAAGCUGAUGAUUUUUUAGAUCGUAAAAUACAUAUUUUAUCAUUACAUAUUUAUUUGGCAUAUAUUUACUCAGUGGAAUUUUGAACUAAAAUUUAAUAACAUUAUAUCUUUUUCAAAUAAAGAUAAUUACAUCAUUUUUUUUAAUAAAGAGAGCAGUAUUUCGCAUCUUUCUUUGACCUAUAGAAAGAUAUUAAAUAUAUAAUAUAAAUAUUCAAAAUAGAGAAUAAAGUGAAAUUAAUAAUAUACAUAUUCAAGAGUAUAAUAUAUACAGACUUACUUGAUCAAUUGUACGAUUUCCUAAUGUUUUACUAACCAAAACAAGUGAAUUUUCAGAAUAUUCUUUUUUAACAGUUUGCAAUAGAAUCAUAUCUUCCUGUCGUGUCCAUGACUUAGUGUUUAGAUUAGUAUUUGAAUCAACAAUAUUGUUAAUUUCAUGAGAUGAAUCAAUCUUGCUUACAUUAUCAUUCGACAUUUUUAUUUCCACAUCUGACGUAUUAUUUUCUAUUAUUUCCUUAGAGUUUUUAUAAUUGACAAACAAACAUUCAUCCGAUUUCACAUCAGGAACGACAUUUGAAUUUUCCAAUUUUAUUUCUUGUUUGUCAAUUUUUUUCUCAUUUUUAGUUUUACAUUGAGAUAUACGCAUUUUUUUCGUAUUUCUAUUUAUAUGAUUCAAUUCAUUCCUAGAUCUUUUUAAGUCUUUUUUCUGAUCUGUAGAUUUUGAUGGAGAUUUUAUAGUCCUUUUAGCUUUUAUAAUUAAUUUUUCUCCUUCUUCGUUUUCUUUGACAGGUGAAUUUUUUACUAUGCAAGAUUUUUGAUAUUGUUCAUCAGCAUGAAAUUCAUUCUUUGAAGACUUCUUUCGUUGUUUGGAUGAAAUGGAUAAAGCAAAUUUAUCAGUAGUUUUUAAAGAUACACGUGCAAUAUUUUCCAAUUUUUCUUCUUCAGCUCCAGGAAAAAUAAUUUUUGCAGGUCUUAAACCUUCAGAUGUUUGAAGGUAAAUUUUCCCGUUGAGGAACUAUUUUUUUAUGUAAAUCAUAAAUUUUUUUAUUAAAAAUAUGUUAAACAGUUCCAUAAUGAAACAUAUGAAACAUUAAUUUUUAUUUUAAAAAGUUAUUAAUAAACAUUUGAUGUACAUUUAUUAUAAUUAAUUAUAAUUCAUUCUUAUAUUCUGCUUCACUUCAUUGCAUAUUUCAGAUUGUUGUAAAAAUUAUUGUUGUAAAAAAAUAAAUAACAAAAAAUUUUACGUACCCUUGUGCCACAAGACACGCAAUGUUCAGAAAUAUUUUUAUAACUGGAUUCAUCACUACUAUGACAGUUGCAUUUACAGUUUUCUCCACCAUAAGGAUCUUCUUGAAAUGAUAAGACAGGCAGUUCUAUAUUUUCAUAUAAUUCAGGUGCAUCUUCGGAAUAAAUUUUACUUUUAUCAUAUGGCCCCACUGGACACGUUAAGUUUUCAAACAUGUGCGAUGCAAACAAACUAUAAGAUAAUAAAUAUCUACAAUUUUCUUUUCAUUAAUAUAUAUAAUAACAUUAUUAUUUGCAUUACCUUUCUGGAGGCUUAGCAGUUGGUAAUAUUUGUAAAAAUAAAUCCAUAAUCAAAGGAUGUCCUUUGAGUAUAGAACUCAUAGUUGCAUGAAUAUGCUCUAAUGUUGUCUGUGGAUUAGAUGAAAGUUGUGUAAUAGCUUGCAUCAUUUUUGCUAUCCGAGAAGGUUGUUUAGCAAAAUAUAUUUGAGCUACAUUAACAAAUUCAUUCAUCUUUUGAAGCAUUGUAUACUCUACUGAUUUAUCCAGCAUUGCAGCUUGAUGUGGUUUCAAAAACAAUAAAAAAUCUGUACAAAGCUCAGGAUAUUCCCGUAAAUUUUUACAUAUAUCGUGAUAUAAAUUAAUAGUUAUUGUAUCUUUUGCAGCUUUUCUCAUAAUUCGUUCAGUAUGCAAAGAUCUUGCUGAGCUCGAAAAUGAUAAUUCGUUUUCCAUCUGAUUAAUGUUAUCUAAUUUUUCAUAAUAAUCUAAAUAUAAUUUUAUUACGGACCGUAAUGUUGCUGGAUUAUUAGAUUCUAAUGUCAAGUGUAAUUUCUGAAAGUAUGAUGCUGCAAACUCUAUAUAAAAUAAUACAAAUUAAUGUUACAUUAAACUAAAAUAAAUUAAAUAAAAUGUAUUAAAGUUAUUGGAUAAGCACGUACUUGAACUUCUUUCUUCUUCAUUUAAUGGAUUUUCUGAUUCCAAAAGUCUUUUAAUGUUUUCUAAUUCCCUAGCUUCUUUAGCUUUCUUUCUACUAAUAUAAUCUUUUUUAAUAGUCGUGCUAGCUAACAUUAGUUCUGCUAUUUCAUCUUCAUUGUCCUAUAAUGAAAUAUUAAAAAUGUUAAUUUUAUUAUUUUAUUCAACAUUAAUCUUGAAAUCAAUGAUAAUUUUACUUACAAGCAUAGACGAAUCUGAUGAUUUUUCUAUAUUUUUAUUUACAUCAUUUUUUUCUCUGGAUUUUAAGGCAUUGCAAUUAGAUAAACCUUUUGGUCCUAAUACUUGAGCCAUUAAUUUCAUAUUUUGAGCACUUUUUGUUUUUGCUAAUCUAGGAGUAGUCUUCCGCAAUUGAGGUAAUUCUUGUACUAUUUCAGAUUUUUUAGGAAAUUUCGAAUGUUUUAAGGUAAUUGAAUUUGUGGAUAUAUCGUUUUGAACUUCUUUUAAUUCAUUCAUAUCUUUCUGGUUCCCUUUUUCUUCUUGUGUGGUUAUAAUUUUUAAAUAAUUACUAUGAUGCAAUGAACGUUCUUUAUUUAAUGCAUAUAUAUUAUGUGAUUUAAUAUUAUCUCCAUUAUUUGAUAUAUUCUUAAAGACUUCAGAAUUAGCAUUUGCAUCUGUGCAUAAAUUAUUUUUUAAUGUGUUUCUAGUUGUUUUCUGAUUUGCAGGUAAUAUUUUUGGUAAUGUAUUAUUUGCAGGUAAUAUAUGUGAUAAUGUAUUAACAGGCUGGUUUUGUGCACAAAGAAAGUGAGCUUUAGAAAUAGUAAUUUGGUUUCUAUUUCCAUUUCCAUUUAUAACACAAUCUUUAUUUAUAUCAUUAUACAAAUUAAGAUUAUGUUUUCGCUUUAUCAUAUCAAUUCUCUCUUUCGUCUAUAUGAACAAAUAUAACAUUACAAACAUGUAACUAUAAGAUCAGACACGUAAUUCAUAUCAAUAUUAUUGUAGCAAAAAAUAUUUUAAGGGAGAUACAUUCGAUGUUUUAUAGGAUAUUUAUCUUUGAACAUUGAGUUACAUUUUUUUAUAAUAAUAAUGAUGGAAAUUAAGAUAAUUAAGUACCACGUCCUGUAUGAAAAAUAACUAAAAUAAUAAAACUAUUAAAUAAAAAGAAAAUGUAAUAAUAUAAAACAUCGAAUAUGUAUAUAAAUAUUUAUAAAUUAAUCAUUAAUUACUUACAUUAUUAAGGUAAGUUUGCCAAAUUAAAGGUAACAGAUUUAUUGAUUGAUUUUUAGGUGCUUUCAGAUCACAUUCCAACGUUAUAUAAUGUAUUGUUCUAGGAGCACAAUUCUUUUCAAAAUAAUGCUGUGAAAACAUAUGUUUAAUCAAAUCUUAUUAAAUUGAAAAUAUCAUAUUGCUUAUAGAUAUAUUAUUUACUUUUAUUGGAUUUGCAUCUUUUGCAUUUCGACAUUUUUUGAUGUGAUAUAAUAAUCCUUCAGGUUCUCUACAUGGUACUAAAUAUUGAAUAAUUAAUUUUACUGCAUCAGCUAACUGAAGAUUUUUACCCUUAAAUUUUCUUGAUUUAGAUGCAACAAAAGGAAGAAACUGUUCUAAACCCAAUGCAAUUAAACUAAAAAAGCAAACCAUUAUACUAUAUCCAUAAUAUGUUUUUUUUUACAUUAUAUAUUAUUCACUUACUUUUCUUCUGAUCUUAAAUAUGGAGACCGCAUAAACUUAUUUAAUUCACUUCUGAACGGCAUUUCAGGCAAGAGUUGUGGAUACAUCAAAGCUUUACUUUCCAUAAAUAAUUUUUGUAAUUCUGGAUAAAAUUUAGGAAUAUAUUUACAUUUAUUUAUUUUUUUUACUGCUUCUUCAUCUGUCAUAAUUUUUUUGAAAUCCUCAGAAAAUUUAUUAUCCAAAAAUUUAUUUUCCCAAUCAGAUACUAAUUUUAAAGCAUCUGGUAAAUUUGCCACAUUGAAUGCAGAAUUAGGUCCAUUAGUCAAGUAUCUAAUACAAAUUCAAUACAUAUUUAAUACACAUUUAUUUACAAACUGAUUGUAAACUUACUUUAUACUAUUUAGAUUUUGUUUGCAUGUUUUUGAUUGCAAAUGUAAGUCUGGAUGCAUAUAUGUCAUAGCAAAAUGUUGCACCAUUAAUUGUACAUGUUGUCGAAAUUGAACUGCCAACAAUUCUUGUUGAUUUGAAUUCAUUGAAUUGAGAAGUUCAGGUUCUUUGUAAGUAGGUAAUAAAUCUGUUACAGAACAAUUCUAAAUUCCACAAUUAAAAUUGCAAUAAAAUUGUAUUUUUAAUUAACACUCGGACGGAAAUCUAUCGAGCAACUACGUAAGUGACAGUGUUUAAGUCCGUUUGAACCAACUGUAUGCUUUUUUUUUGGCUUAAAAUUGAAUACAUCUUUUGAGAAAUAGUGCCUUUGUUAUAGUUUUAACAUAAAUAAACAAUGAUUCGCACGGAUUAUUAAAUGUUGUAUGUCUAUAGCAGAGUGCAAAUGAACCUGGAUACCGUCCGAAUGUUAAGUACAGUAAUUAUGCUACUAUCUUACCAUAAUAUUGUUUUCACUUGAAAAAUUUGUAUUUUCUGGAGACCUUCUUUUUUUUGAAAUCUCUUGUUCUUGUUUUGAAAACAUGUCUGUAAACUCAAAUAAUUCUGCAAUCAAGUUAUUCAAUUCUUUGCGAGUAAUUUUUACAGCUUUGUCAGCUCUCAAUUCUUCUUUAUCCACUGUAAAUAUAUUUAAAUUAUUUUAAUAUUUUAUAAAUUUAUUUAAUAGUCUAUUGAAGGACUACACUAUGUAUAUCUUUUUUUAUUAUACAUACAAAACUCUGUUUCUUCAUCUAAAAUAUUAUAUUCUGGAUCUGCUUCCGAAUCAUCUUCCACUAUUGGUUCUUGAGUUAAUGGUUGAGUAAAUUCUUUUAAGAAAUUAUCCCAAUCUUCAUCUAGUUCGCAAUCUAAGUCAUACAUAUCAGUGGUUAUAUCUGGUGGUAUGAACGCUUGUUCAAUUUGUUCCAAAGGUGUUUCACUUAAACAAACUUUUGAACGAGUUCUUUGACCAAUACUUUCUUCUUCUGUUGGAACAUAAGGAAUCCUAAAAAAAAUUAUAUUAAAGAAAUUAGGAUUCUAUCAGUAUAAUUUAUAUCAUUAUAUAUAUUAUUUAAAAAUUUCUUAAAUAUGUUAAUCUACCCAGGAAUCUUGAAAAUUCCUUCAGGAUCAAUCUGAGGAUCAGGUGAUUCUUGCUCUGGAUUGUAUUCUUCAUCAGAUGAAUCUUCUGGUAAUUCUUCUUCGAUUAACACUUGUACUUCUGAUGAAGUCUUCUUCACCGGAGUAAUUGGCCAUGGUAUAUUAACUUGAGCGGCUGCUAAUUCUCUGUAUUAAUUAUAGAAUAUUUUUAUUCAAUGAAAUUAUUGUACAAUUAUCGUACUAUUAUUAUAUAAAUGUAUAAUAUAUUUUAUCAAACUAUACUUGGCCUUUGCUCUUGUUAGUUUUGGUUCAAAAGAUAUAUCAUCUUCUGUAUUAUGGAGACGAUUUUUAGUCAUUGCUAUUAUGUAUUUGUUAUGUUUCUAUAAAUAUAUGUAAAACGAUUGACAAUUCCGUUUACUAUCAAUAGAGGACUAAUUCUUAUCUGUUCCUUUAAUUUAUAUUUCUACUGUGUUCUAAAAUACAUUCUUUCGUUGUACGCGUUUAUAAUGGAACUACAGUCCUUAUAUGAUGUAUAUAUAUGGAUUACUGAAUUUCGUAUGAUGCGUCAACUAUGGCUACUUACUUUUUUCUCCGCAAAACUCCGCGGAAAAUUUAAAUGCCGUUACAGUAAAUAAAAUAUGAUUUUGAUUUUUUUAUAGAAAUAA